CGACGCUCGCUUUUCACCGGCUAUAAAAUUAAAAUAAAUUCUACAUAAUCUAUCUUUUAACUGUGCGAUUGAUUGAGUUAGAAAAUAACUAAUCAAAUUGUUUGAUUAUGUCGAAUAAACAAAAACGGGUUGACUUUAAGAAAACUAAAAGGAAACUAACGACUGAUGCUAGUGCAGGACAAAGUUGGAAAACAAUUGCGGUAACAUGUACUGGCAUAGCUGUUCUUGGUGUCGUGGCUGCGAUUGCUUAUCAGGGUUUUCUCGAAACAAGAGUUUCAGCUCCUUUUAGCCAAAAUAAACUCGUUUCCAGUGGUUAUGAUAAUAAUAUGCUAUGGGGAUCAUACCGCCCAGGUGUUUAUUUUGGAUUGAAAACGAGAGAGGAACAUCCAGUUCUUAAUGGAUUAAUGUGGUACUUCCCUAGUACGCUUAGAUCACUGUCAGAUAUUAGACAUUCUUGUGAAAUUAGUGAUAAUUUGAGAAAAUAUGGAUGGUCACACCACGAUGGACGAAAUUUUGGCAUUCAAGAAAUUGUAGAUGACUCCAUUUCGCUUCAAACUUCUUUCGUGAAAUCCAACCACGACAAUCUACCAAGCUGGACUGCUAAAAUUGAUGUUAAGCAGAAGAAAUCUGCCCAAAACAAAACCAAAAUAUCAUUGAUUUGGUAUACCGCUUUCGAAUCCGUUGAGGAUGGAUUUUUAAAUGUUACAAUAGAGAAUGCUCAACCCCGUAUAGAGGCAAUGUCGUUCACACUAGGUGGAAUGGAGAUUAAAUUUUUGAAUAAUGAUGUAAAUACAGCAACCGAGAUAUCAACAUCAUGUACAUUCUCCAGUAGCAUCGAUAAAGUGAAAGAAGCAAUUGUAGAAACACUCGCCUUUACAAAAGAUGGUCAAACCACAAAAUAUUAUUUAGAUAAUAAGGCGGAAAAGGUUCCAUGUAACGUGGCAGCAGUUUUGGUCACGUUCGAAGUGCCCGGUUCAUUUCUCAUUACAAUGCACAAUACUAGCGAUCGGCCCACUGAUGAGUCUCCACCGGAAAACCAGUUCCAGCAGAAUCUAAAUUUUUAUAAGCAAAAAUUUACAGAUAAAUUCAACUCAAUCUUCAAUCUUGAAGCCAAAGGAUUUACACCUAGUGAGGUGGCUUUUGCGAAAUCAACAAUGAGUAAUUUGAUAGGAGGUAUUGGUUACUUUUACGGUGCCUCUAAAGUUCAAAGUGAAUACAACGAAAAUCCCAUUAACUACUGGAAAGCUCCGCUAUAUACGGCAGUUCCUUCAAGAUCGUUUUUCCCAAGAGGGUUCCUGUGGGAUGAAGGUUUCCACACGUUACUAGUGUCAACCUGGGAUAUAGACAUAGCAUUAGAUAUAAUGAAGCACUGGUUUGAUCUCAUGAACAUCGACGGAUGGAUACCAAGAGAACAGAUUCUAGGUAGCGAGGCUUUAGCAAAGGUACCUGCUGAUUUUGUUGUACAACGUAGCUCAAACGCAAAUCCUCCUACGUUUUUCUUAACGCUUAGAUACUUACUGAACAAUUAUGAAGAGAAACUAAAAGAGCCUAGGCGCCAAGAAAGUCUUAAUAAAAUAUAUCCUAGGUUGCAGGCAUGGUACUCUUGGUUUAACAAAACGCAAUUAGGACCCGAUCCAGGUAGUUAUCGUUGGCGAGGUAGAUCGAUUACUAUCGAAGAAAUCAAUCCUAAGACUUUGACAUCAGGUUUAGACGACUAUCCUAGGGCGUCACAUCCAGAUAAUCAGGAAAGACACGUUGAUUUACUGUGCUGGAUGCAAUUAGCAUCGCAUGUGAUGUUUGAUUUAGCCAGAUUUUUGGGUAGAGACGAUUCUAAAUACUACGAAACAUACGAAUAUUUAUCCAACGUCGAGCAUCUAGAUUCGCUUCACUUAUCGCCUAGAACAAACACUUAUGCUGAUUUCGGAUUGCACACUGACAAGGUGAGGUUAAAAUUAGUUCAAAGCCAAUCUGAAAGAGCUGUGGUACGUGAAGUUAUGCAAGCACCAAGUUAUAAAUUAGUAGAUGAUGUUUUUGGAUACAUUAGUCUUUUCCCUUUCCUCAUGAAAAUUUUACCAAGUGAUUCCUCAUCUCUCAAAACAACAUUGGAUAAUUUGCGAAACCCUGACAUUUUGUGGACCGAUUAUGGAAUACGUUCGUUGUCGAAGAAAUCUACUUUAUAUAUGGAGCGUAAUACAGAGCAUGACCCUCCUUAUUGGAGAGGUCAAAUUUGGAUAAAUAUGAACUACUUAGUGCUAGGGGCUCUUAAUCAUUAUAGGAACAAGGUAGGCCCUAAUAAAAUAUUAGCUCAAGAAAUAUAUGACGAAUUGAGGAAAAAUAUCGUGAGCAAUAUGUACCGACAGUACCAAAAGACAGGAUAUGUAUGGGAAAAUUAUAAAGACGAUACUGGAGAAGGUAAAGGAUGUUAUCCUUUCACAGGAUGGAGUUCACUUGUUGUGAUGAUUAUGGCUGAAAUAUAUUUGUAAAAUGGU